ACUUCGAGGAAGUAUCCUGUCAUGGUUUAUAUUCAUGGGGAAUCCUUCGAGUGGAAUUCUGGAAACCCUUACGACGGCAGCGUCCUCGCUGCAUACGGAAAAGUUAUCGUAGUUACUCUAAAUUUUAGACUUGGAAUCUUGGGCUUCCUAAAGACUGGGGCUGACCAACUUUCGACCAGCAACUUCGGUCUCGUGGACCAGAUAGCUGCCUUAGUAUGGGUGAAGGAUAACAUCGAAGCUUUUGGCGGAGAUUCAAAUUCCAUUACACUGUUUGGUCAUGGUACUGGUGCAGUGUGUGUCAGUCUCCUCACGAUGAGCCCCAUGGUAAUGCAGCAGAAGGACAGGGAAGAAAGUCUGUUCCACCGAGCAAUAUUGAUGGGCGGCACGGCUUUGGCGGACUGGGCAUUAGCAGGACACGAGAGUGGAGUGACAUAUCAAGUAUCUCGGGCACUGAACUGUCAAGUUCAGGACGAUUUUGCGGGAUGUCUGAGAAGGAAGCGGCUUGAUGAAAUCAUGGCUGCAGGUGUUCGAACUAUACCGUACGAGACGCGUUUUGGACCGAUAGUGGAUACCCUGAUAGUGCCCAAUAAUCCAAAGAAGUUGAUGACGCAGUAUACGGAUAUAUUUAAAAGAUUCGAGCUGAUGUAUGGGGUAACAGAACUGGAGAGCAUUCAUCUCCUUGGCCCGGUUGCUCUUACCCACGGUAUGCUGGAGAAGGAACGUGACGAAGAGCUAAGGAAAUAUGUCGGCUCUCGAUGCGAAAUGAAGCCGGAGCUUUGUUUGAUGCACACCCUGGAGGAGUACACUGGAAGCGAGUGCUCAUCGAACGAUCAGGAAGACAGGGACAGCCCGUGUCACGUGAUGAACAAGGCAUUUCGGACCAGAAAUGCCUUACUUGAUAUCCUAUCGGAUGCUCGAACCGUUGCACCGAUUGUGCAAAUGGCGAAAUACCACGCCGCACUCAACUUGCAAUCUUACUUUUAUGUGUUCACACACAAGACGCAUUCCAGGGACUACAUUAGAAACAAGAGCUUCAAUGGAGAAGAGUUGCCGUAUGUGUUCGGAGUCCCGCUAGACGGUCCCAAGUUUCACUUCGUCGAUUCGUACACGGAACACGAACGUCUGUUCUCCGAGAUAGUUAUGACUUAUUUCUGCAAUUUCGCGUACACCGGGAACCCAAAUAUGCCCAGAAAAAAUGAAUAUAUUACUUCAAAUCCAGCUUUUUGGACUCAGUUUGAUGUAGAGUGGCCAGAAUAUGACCUACAGGACCAAAGAUAUCUCCAGCUGGAUAUUCCUCCCCAACCAUCAGCCAUGUAUCGUGACAGACAAAUGGCAUAUUGGAAUGAAAUGUUCCCCAAUCUAGCGGAAAACUUUUCUAACAUCUCUCUAUCACUUUUUCCUGUUAAGAAGCCUGUUCCAGAAAACCGUCCACGAAAGAUACCACCACGUAAGAAUCCUCUACCAUGGAUUUAUGUUCCGAACAAAUCAACGUCUAUUGACAAGACCAAGGAUGUUAUAAGAUUCAACGACCGUCCCAAUCAGUCAUUUGGUAUUUUAAGAGAAACUGGCAACGAAAGACCUGAUAAUAUUUCGGGAAAUAUAUAUGGCACCUUAGUAACUUCUCCCCCUGCAGAAGUUAAACAGGGCACCACCGUCAACUUGGUCAUAGUCAUUGGAGUACUCUUUCUGAUAGCCAACGUAAUAGUUCUCAUCAUUUUAUAUUUUAAAUGUUUUAGAAAUGAAAAGAAUAAUUUAUCUACAGAGGAGAAAGAAGAACCAACAGAAAAUGGCAAAGACGAUAAAGAAAGCCAGGCUUUCCUUGUGAACGGUUGUAAUAUCGUUAGAAUGAUGAGCAAAUCAUCGAAAAGUGAUGACUAUGAAGCAAUUAAAGCUACUAACAGUAUGUCGAACUACCACUUAACAAGACAAAUGUCUAAUAGUACUAUUGAUGCACACACUAAAGUAAGAGAUUGGAUAACACAGGAAAUUGUACAUAAAUAUAGUCCGAGAUUUUUCAGAAAGCCUCGACAUAAUCAAAAUAAAUCGAAAAUUCCACUUUCAACUGAUAUAGCUCCAGCCUCAGAAGUAGGGAAUGAUUCAACUUUGGGUCGUAGUCCUACCAGACCUGUAAGUCCAACUGAAGAUAACGUUUUUCAACAACCUGUUACAAAAACAUCCACUAUUACAAGGCCAAAAAUUGGCAAACCUGCAAAGGUUUCAGUAGCUAUUGAUGCAACACCUUCAGGUAGAGGGGAUAGCGUUUUAAUGCAACAACCUAUAGAGCUCACUAAAUCUUUAGAUUACCCUCAUUUGCAUCCACCAGCUGAAAAACCUUUAAGACGCUCUGUUACUCUAGAGGAUUUUUCCCCAAGAAUGGUUGACAAACAAAAAGAUGUAAGAAAAAGUAAUACCAGUAUUAAUAUGAAAUAUCCUGAGACUGAACCAACGGUGAUAAAAAUAGAACACGGCUAUUCAAAGUCCGAACCUGUUGAAGAAUUGCAUUAUACGCAUAUUCGGAAAUUGAGAACUUUUGAUCCAAAUGGUGACGUUAAUGUAACAUCCAGAGAAGAUAACGAUAACUAUUCAACACCUCUUACACCAGAGGAAUCUUUAAUGACUAUUAAACGUCGAAAUUUUCCUAAGGUCUUGCCUGAUCACCCUGGACGAGAAGUUUUGAUGCACAAACGAAGGUCGAUGCCAGCCCAUAGCCAGUUUUUGCCCAUACCAGAAUCUUUAUCGUUUUCCCAACCUAAUUCACCCGUCAAUAAAAGUUUUACGAAAUUACCCCCUACUCCUCCUCCUCGAACAACAACAUUGUCAAAGCAAUCCAGUGCUCCGCUUGCCGUAUGUGCUUCGGAACCAAUGCUUGUUGAACCAUCUCCUUCUCCAGAACCAGAAAUUGUGUGCAAUAAUUUGUACGUUGGGCCACUAAUUCCUAAAAUUAAGUCUUACAGUAGAAGUGAAGGCUUAAAUUCUCAACCAAUUUAUGAUUGUCUAAAAAGUAUUUCGAAAAGCGAUAAUGAAAUAAAAUCUACUAAACCAAAGACAAUAGUAACAGCUAAUCCUAACAUGCCUAUUAAACGAGCGGAACCAAAAAUAGUUGUCAGACCUACUCCGGCGAAGAGACUUAUUGAUGAGAAACACAAUAAAAACAUCCCUAGAGUUGUCGUACCAGACAAUCAGCCACAAGUAUGGCAAAAUUUGAAACCUGAUGACUAUGCCUUUCUAACCGAAAAAGUAGAAAGCAGAGGUACUAUUGACUCAGAUGCUUCAGACCCUUCAGUACUAAAGAGGGGAAAUAAGAAAUCUCAUAUUCCUACUCCUGUAAAACCACCUGGUUCAAAUAAGGAAUCAACAAGUUCUGAAUCUACUACCCCCUCAGAAGAGUCGGACACUGGCACUGUAGUUAAAAAGGUAUAGAUUUGAUAUUUUUUAUACUUCAGCGUUUUUAAUAAAUACCUAACGAACAUAAAACAGCGUUUUUCAAACUAAAAUUCGACAAAAAAGUAAAGAAUAGUAAAGAAGCUAAAUGUUAUUUCAAAAGAAAAAUUUGAAAAUAAGAAAAAAUUAAUUUUUGUCCAGUCUUUGCUCCUUUGUCCCUAAGCAUUUGGGAGAUUAUUUAAAAUCUAAAAUAUUUACUUGUUAAUUAUGUUUAAAUAAUUGUCAAUACUAGGUAAACUAAGUUUUUGUACUUUUGCAUAAUGGUAAUAAUUUGAUUUAAAGAGCUAGAAAUUUUGUAGUUUGGUAAUUUCAGAAACGACUAAGAAUUGUAUAAUAUAUAGGUAUUAGGUAUCAUUCUCCUUUUAAUGUUAUUACCUUUCUAUAAUUAAGUUUUUGCAGUUUACUUAUGUACAUAAUAUUAUAACUCUAUUCAUAAAAACGUUUCACAAGGUAUGUGGUGAGAAAUACAUACGACUAAUGGUAACAAACUGCCAAAUGGUGUUUAUAUGAUUGUGUAUAUAAAUAGGCUUCGUAUUAAUAAUGUUUUAUUAUAAUAAUACAUUAACAUAGAGAAAAACAUUUGUGUGUAAUACAAAAUCUCGAAGAAAUUCUAAACACACGUGAUAUGCUGUUCCAUUAAAACAAUAUGGGGAUGUCAAUGUUAUGUGGAUGUUAUAUUUUAAAAUCAAUAUAAACUCACUUAACAACUCGCUCUCACUUAAGCCAUAGUAAACCUGAGAUUCAUGAGAGGUUUUCCAGGUUGUCAAAAAAGAUGCGUAUUAUUUUUUUUUUUACAAUGAAAGUUAAUGUGAACUAUGGUAUAAUCGUAGAUAUAUAAAAAUAAAUAAAUGUUGCAUUUCGAAAAUGCAAGUCAAACUUAUAAUUUCUUUUAUAGAAAAUCGUAUGUUUUUCUUAUUUGUACAAAGAGUUUUUUAACAGUAGAGUGAUAUAAAGUUAGGUAGGUGUAUCUCUAAUAAUAAUAGUCCAGUCGGAUUAGAUUAAAAAAGUACUAUUUCAAAGAAAAAAAAAA